CGGGACACAAGUGUCAUGGCGCUCUCCAUCUAAAGUCUGUGCAGUUUCCUGGCAGGAGCUGGUGGUUUUUCCUCUCCGUGCGGACAGAUUCACCUUUCAAGAGGACUUGAGACCAGUUUCAGAUAAUCAAGAUGCCUUCUGCGUCCUGUGAUGUAAUGCUGGAUGACAUAGAAGAUAUCAUAUCACAGGAAGAUUCAAAGCCACAAGACAGACAGUUUUCAAGAAAGCAUGUGUUUCCUAAAGUACGAAGGCGGAAUACCCAAAAAUAUUUGCAAGAAGAGCCCAGGCCACCAAGUGACAGCACUAUUCCAGGCAUACAGAAAAUUUGGAUACGAACAUGGGGCUGCUCACAUAAUAAUUCAGAUGGAGAAUACAUGGCUGGACAGCUUGCUGCCUAUGGCUAUAAAAUUACAGAGAAUGCAUCAGAUGCAGAUCUGUGGCUCCUGAACAGUUGUACUGUGAAAAAUCCAGCUGAAGACCACUUUAGAAACUCAAUCAAAAAAGCUCAAGAGGAGAAUAAGAAAGUUGUCCUCGCUGGCUGUGUUCCCCAAGCCCAGCCUCGUCAGGACUACCUCAGAGGACUCAGCAUCAUUGGGCAGGCCUUGCUGCACUGCUGCUGUACUGAGGCUGCACUGAGGCUGCACUGGGCAGCGCCAAGUCUGAACCCUUGCUGUCUGGUUCCAAAGCCCAUGUUCCUUCUGUUCUGCGAAGCUGCUGUGGAGAACAGGAUGGAAGCGUUUCUGUUAGAGCGAGAGGAUGUGUCGUGUCACUCAGUGAGGCUCCUGGGCCAGAAGAAAGACAACGGGAAGCGCUUGGGUGGAGCCCGGCUGGAUUUGCCGAAGAUAAGAAAGAAUCCGCUGAUAGAAAUCAUUUCCAUCAACACGGGGUGUCUCAAUGCUUGUACCUACUGCAAAACUAAACACGCCAGAGGAAACCUGGCCAGCUAUCCCAUUGAUGAACUUGUGGAGAGGGCCACGCAGUCCUUUCAAGAGGGUGUUUGUGAGAUAUGGCUGACCAGCGAGGACACCGGGGCCUAUGGCAGAGACAUUGGCACCGAUCUCCCCACACUCCUGUGGAAGUUGGUGGAAGUGAUUCCUGAGGGAGCCAUGCUGAGGCUGGGCAUGACAAAUCCACCAUAUAUUUUAGAGCAUCUGGAGGAAAUGGCAAAAAUCCUCAACCACCCCAGAGUCUACGCUUUCCUCCACAUCCCAGUGCAGUCCGCCUCUGACAGUGUGCUCAUGGACAUGAAGAGAGAGUACUGCGUGGCCGACUUCAAAAGGGUUGUGGAUUUUCUCAAGGAGAAGGUUCCUGGAAUAACGAUUGCUACGGAUAUUAUCUGUGGUUUUCCUGGAGAAACCGAUCAGGAUUUUCAAGAAACAGUGAAACUUGUUGAAGAGUACAAAUUUCCAAGCCUCUUCAUCAACCAGUUCUAUCCAAGACCCGGAACUCCCGCUGCAAAAGCCGAACAGGUUCCAGCACACGUGAAAAAACAAAGGACAAAGGAUCUUUCUCGGGUGUUUCAUUCCUACAAUCCAUAUGAUCACAAGAUUGGUGAAAGACAGCAAGUGCUAGUCACAGAAGAGUCUUUUGACUCCAAGUUUUAUGUUGCUCACAACCGAUUCUAUGAGCAGGUUUUAGUACCAAAGAACCCUGCAUUCAUGGGGAAAAUGGUUGAAGUCAACAUUUAUGAAUCAGGAAAACACUUUUUGAAAGGACAGCCAGUAUCAGAAACCAGAGUGUAUACACCGUCCAUCAGCAAGCCGCUGGCCAAGGGAGAAGUCUCAGGUUUGACAAAGGAAUUCAGAAAUAGGCUUGGGAAUCAUCUGAAUGGAACUUCAGACACCUGUCCUGCAACUCCACAUGGCUCGGCUUAUUCCAGAAUGGUGCUGCAGAUGUCCCAGUAUGACUGUGCACUGAAGGUGGCUGCAGGCCUGGCUCUCGUCGCUCUCCUUCUGCAUUUCUGGCCAGAGUCUAUGCUUACAGUGUAACUACGGUCAACAAACAAGAAAGCAGCAACACCAAGAGACCGUGGUCUGAACUGACACACUGCCUUGUCUGGAUCCCUUCUUAAUGUGCUCACGCUGAGCUGAGCCACUUGACCUCAGACCAGAUCACAGCUUCCGAACAUGUCUCUCAUCAGACUCCUUCUGACUUCAUCUUAACAACAAAUGCAAGUGGUUCGGUUUUUUGGUUAUUUUUUUUUUCUUUUUUUCCUUUUUUUUGGCUCCAGUUAUUAAAUCCCAGCCCAAGUGCACUGCACAGUGGCUCUGCCUAUUCGUGGCUCUGGCCAUCCUUUCCUUGUGUGCAAGAACAUCCAGCCCUUAGUAAACAUUCUCCGGGCUGUGUUUGAAGUCCCCGUGCUACAAACAUCUUUUUCACAGCAGAUGUGUUCCUAAAAAGUUUAUAUAGAAACCUAUUUUCAGAACUUGGACCCAAGUCUGGCACUUAAAGGACUCUUCCUGGCGUUCUAGAAAAUGUGAAGAUUCCAUGCCUGUGGCACCCACAAACUUUCAAACAAACCAUGAUCCUUUCCUGACACACCGACCAGACAUGUUACAUUUAUCAUUUGGAUCCAACACCACCAGCAGUUUUGACUAAGUGAAAUGACUUCUUUCACAAUAAACAG